CGCCUUUUUCUAUUCUCUCUCAUUUACAUUGAAACCCAUCAUAUUAUUAUUGAAGAAGAAAGUAAAUUAAGGCGCGAAGACAAAGCUGAAAAUUGUCCCCGAAAAUGACGAACAUGCUCGGACACGGCGGCCUGAAUCUCAAAGAGACUGAACUUUGCCUGGGCCUUCCCGGCGGCGGCGGAAAUGAAAAUGAGUCCAUGAAGACCACCGGAAAACGAGGCUUCUCUGAGACCGUUGAUCUCAAACUCAACCUUCAAUCCGCCGACUCUAAUUGCUUGGAUCUCUCGGAGACUAAGAUGCAAGCUCCUCCUAAGGAGCCUAACAAGGACCCCAUCAAGCCCCCGGCCAAGGCACAAGUGGUGGGUUGGCCACCAGUUAGGAGUUACAGAAAGAAUGUAAUGGCCCAUCAGAAGAGCAAUAAUGGUGAAGAAGGUGAGAAAAUUAGUGGUAACAAUUUUGUGAAGGUGAGCAUGGAUGGUGCACCUUACCUGCGCAAGGUGGACUUGAAGGUGUACAACACCUACAAUCAACUCUCCGAUGCUUUGGCCAACAUGUUCAGUUCCUUCACUACUGGGUAUUAUGGGGCCCAGGGAAUGAUAGAUUUCAUGAAUGAGAGGAAACUGAUGGAUCUACUCAACAGCUCUGAAUAUGUGCCGACGUACGAAGAUAAGGAUGGAGACUGGAUGCUCGUGGGGGAUGUACCAUGGGAGAUGUUUGUUGAUUCUUGCAAGCGCCUACGCAUAAUCAAAGGGUCAGAAGCUAUUGGACUUGCCCCAAGAGCCAUGGAGAAAUGCAAGAGCAAGAAUAAGAUAUGAAGCGAUUAAUUAAUAUAAUUAUCGUACAAGUUUCUUUAAAUUUAUCAAUUAAGCAUAAGUUAUAACGAGAGAUAUGGUAAUUGUAUGUUAUUGUUUAGUUUGAAUGUUUUGUGUGUAUUUUCAUUUUAUAGUAUGUAGAUAGGUACGCUAAAACAUGUUUUGGACAAUUUGUACUGAACAAGAAGUUGGCAACAAACAUAAAAUCCCAAUAAUAAUUUGCUUCGUUUUUAACUUUU